GGGUAGUCGCGUCUUAAUGACGGGCUUCCUGGCGCCCGUUCCAAAAGCGGAAACGCAAGUGGUCCGCUGGCCCAGCGGCGGGCCUUCACGGGCGCGGGCUCCUUCGGCCUUCCUGCCUGCUAUGGCGUCUGGGGGACCGUGGGGGCCUGAAGGCACGGGAAGCGUGAAGUUAUCAGCAGAUGUGAAACCAUUUGUCCCCAAGUUUGCUGGGCUCAAUGUGGCAUGGACAGAGUCUUCAGAAGCAUGUGUCUUCCCUAGCUGUGCAGCCACCUACUACCCAUUUGUACAGGAAUCACCAUUGACUGAACCGAAAAUGUACACAGAAGACACAACCUUUAGAGCUCCAGCGUUUCCACCCCAGUAUCUAUCUUCAGAGAUAACGCUACAUCCAUACGCCUACUCUCCGUAUACCUUUGAGACUACACAGAAUGUGUGCUCGGUGCCUGCCUCGAGGUAUGAUUACAGCCAACCCAGUCGACACCGAGGUUUUCAGACUCUAAAGCCCCCAAAUGAACAAAUGUGCACUGUCCUCCAAGAAACGAGAGCUCCAUUAAAGAAAAAAACUUGUGACGAGAAAAAAACAUACAAUGAGCAGAAGUUUAAAAGGACUGAUGGUCCAGUAUUAUCUGAGAUCAAGUCAGCCAGAGGGUCCCACCAUUUGUCCAUUCAUGCUGAGAAUAGAUCGAAACCAGAUGGUUACCAUAAGCGAACAGACAGGAAAUCCAGAACCACUGAAAAGAGUCCGUCUACCUCCAAACCUGAGUUUGAAUUUAGCAGGUUGGAUUUUCCUGAAUUGCAGGGUCCAGAGAGCAGUGUGUCAGGGAUACAGAAGCAGUGCCAAUGGGGACCUCUGCGGUCCAGCGCCACCAUGUCUCUUGUAGGAGAAGUGGGAGAGCCCGUUGGAGUGGUGUCAGGGGAUGAGAUAGUGGUGAAAAAAACCCCAAGUGAAUCUGUAUCUGAUAAUGAUGCUUCCAAUUCCCCAUCAUGUACAAGAGAGUUAUCUUGGACACCAAUGGGUUAUAUAGUUCGGCAGACAUUAUCUUCAGAACCUUCCCCAGCACCUAUGAAUAUGAAUGUUACUUCUAUGAUAAACCUAAAGGCGGUUUCGUCAGCAGAUCCUAAAAGUGUUAGUGUGUCAUCUUCUGAAGUUUUGUCUUCAGAUCCUUCCUAUAACAAAGAGAAACAUGGUGUCCAUCCUGCUAAAAAGUUCCAAGCAUCACAAGGUGGUGACCCCGAACAACAUGAAGUCUCAAGGAAAAAUAAGAAAAAAAAAGAAAAGUCCAAAUCUAACUACGAAAUCCUGACAGUGCAACAGCCACCAAGAAUUGAAGAUGCUGAGGAGUUUCCCAAUCUGGCAGUUGCAUCUGAAAGAAGAGACAGAGUAGAGUCACCAAAAUUUCCAUCUAAACAGCAGCCACAGAAUAAUUUUAGAAACAGUGGAAAGAAAAGCCAGAUCCCAGUGCAGUUGGAUUUGGGAGGCAUGCUAGCAGCGCUGGAGAAGAAGCAGCAUGCCCGGCAGGCCAAGCAGUCCUCCAGGCCAGCUGUGUUCUCAGUCGGAGCAGUGCCUGUGCUUUGCAAAGACACCAGCUUGGGAGAGAGGGGCCGUCGCUUCAGCCAGGUGAAGACUCCACACAACCCCUUGGACUCCAGCGCCCCACUGAUAAAAAAGGGCAAGCAGAGGGAGGUGCCCAAAGCCAAGAAGCCCACCUCACUGAAGAAGAUUAUUUUGAAAGAACGGGAAGAGAGAAAGCAGCAGAGACUCCGGGAAAACACCGUGAGCCCAGCUGUGGCCGGUGACGAGGUGCAGGAUGCGGAGAGUGGUACUGAGGAGCAGGCCGCCGACCCCGAGCAGGCUGCAGUUUCAGGGGGAGCAGAAGAACCAGCCUCCUCUACUCAUGCGGUUGAGGAACAGUCAGAAGAGCUACCCGGUCCUGAGCUCCAAAAAGAUCCCAAGGCCUGCCAGCCAGCGCCCGAGCAAGCCUCCUUCCCCAAGAUCCACAGCCGCAGAUUCCGGGAUUACUGCAGCCAGAUGCUCAGUAAAGAAGUAGACGCAUGUGUCACCGACCUGCUUAAGGAGCUGGUUCGCUUCCAGGACCGAAUGUACCAGAAGGAUCCAGUCAAGGCUAAGACCAAACGCCGGCUUGUGCUGGGGCUGAGGGAGGUUCUCAAACACCUGAAACUCAGGAAGCUGAAGUGCAUCAUCAUUUCCCCCAAUUGCGAGAAGAUUCAGUCCAAAGGUGGGCUGGAUGACACUCUGCACACCAUCAUCGAUUAUGCCUGUGCACAGAACAUCCCCUUUGUGUUUGCACUCAAUCGCAAGGCUCUGGGGCGCAGUUUGAACAAAACAGUUCCUGUCAGCGUCGUGGGCAUCUUCAGCUACGAUGGGGCACAGGACCAGUUCCACAAGAUGGUCGAGCUGACCAUGGCGGCCCGGCAGGCAUACAAGACCAUGCUGGAGAACGUGCGGCAGGAGCUGGCAGGGGAGCCCAGGCCUCAGAUGCCUCCCGACCCUCCCUCUGAGGGCCCCAGCAGCUCCCUCGAGGACACAGCCCCAGACCCCUCUGCAGAAGAGCCGCACUACAUUCAAGUCUGGAGAAAACACCUGGAAGCAUACAGUCGCUGCAGCCUGGAGCUGGAGGAAUCCCUGGAGGCCUCCGCCUUGCAGAUGAGCACCUUGAAUUUAUAAGGACAGUGCUCUUUCCUGCGUGUCUGUGUGUGGUGGGUAAGGAGCGGGGAGGCCUGAAGAGACUGGGGAUUCUUCGUCAGUGUUUCACCAACCUACCAUAUUUUGUAUGGCUGUUGAAUCUGGAAAUUAACUGGCACAAAAGGCACAAGACGCAGUGGUUGUAAGGCAUUGGGAGUUGGGAUUCCGCCUUCUGGGAGAGGUGACCUGGAGAGCACUGGAAAUGCAGUCCCCCUUGAGCACUGGGCUGGGAGGAGCCCGCCCCUCCCCUCCCCAGGCACUGGGGGGCCUGGGCCCAGUCCCAUCCCGAGGUGGAGGUGGGCAGGGCUUCCUGCCUGAAGGGCUGUGGUGCAGGAUGGGAGGAGUCAUCAGUGACCUCGAGGGCAGUGGGAUGGGCUCUUUGUCCUGGGACAGAGCUCUCAGGGGACUUGAGGGGGGUUUGCCAAAAUAAGCCUCAGAAGGAAAAGGGUUUUCUAAUCUGAGACUUCGUGACAUCAAUUAUUCCUCUGUCUUUUUUUCCUAAGAAACAGUAUAUAUUGAAGUUGCUAGAUUUCAGUUUAAUCUACAAAUCUUACUUUUUUAAAUGAACAUACUCUAAAUGUGAUUUCUGUUAUAGAGUCCGAGGGGCAGAGCUUACUUUCCUAUUUUCCCAGUAAGAAAGAGGGCCUAUUUAUUUUGAAUAAAGAGUGAUUAUUUAAUUUCA